AUGGCUCCACUUGCUCAGGGGACAAAAGUGCUCACCGAGGGGGGACAGGAUAAGGUAUUUCAAAAUACGUUUGAGAUUCCUCCGGGAGAGAAGCUCCUGAAGGCAUAUGCUUGCUAUCUAUCCUCUUCCACUGGGCCUGUCAUUGGGACACUGUAUUUGUCAAACAAGAGAUUGGCCUUCUGUAGUGAUAACCCUCUUUGCCAAUACUCUCCCUCAGGGCAGCAACAGUGGAUGUAUCACAAGGUGGUUCUGCUGCUCGAUCAGUUGAGCACUGUUAGUCCUUAUUCAAACAUGUUGAAUCCUUCUGAAAAGUACAUCCUGGUUGUUACGAGAGAUGGUUGUGAAUUCUCGUUCAUGGGUUUUAUAUCGUACGAUAAGGCUCUCAAGAACAAAAAUGAGGCUUUGCAGCACUUGCAGCCCCAUUGGGACAAUGACAUGGUUAGGAAUAUACCAGUACAAUAA